AUGGCCAACACGGCUACACCACCGUCCAAUAAUGACUCGCCCACGAGCAAGCCAUUGCCCACGAGGAAGAGAGCCAGCGAUGCGACGCCCGAUGACAAACCCAAGAGAACACGCACUGGCUGCUUGACAUGCAGGGAGCGCCAUCUCAAGUGCGAUGAGACCAAACCAACGUGCAACAACUGCCUCAAGUCCCAGCGCGAGUGCAAUUGGGGCAAGAAGCUCAACUUCCUCGACACAACCUGCGAGAGAAACGCAUACCUGAUCCCCCAGGGUAUCGACUACCAGAUAGCCUUCAUGGACGAGUCACGGACCAUUGCUUCGGAAUACGUAGGCGGUCGAGAAAUGUAUCCAGUCGAGGAUAUGGAAGCAAAUGCACCCACGGGCAACAACGGUUUUGGCAUGAGACCACCAACUUCGUCGCACCAUCACAUUCCUCCUAUACAGGGCAUUGCACAGGAGUCGUACCAGCAAGCACAACUCUCCUAUAAUUUUGAACAGCCGGCACAGCAGCACCAUGGACGUUCAAUAUCAAGUUACUCAAACGGUCCAACACCGUCCCCAUACACGAUGGAACAUUCCGCAAGCCCCGGGCCCUUGCCCACGCGCGAUUACCUCAAGAGCCAGGAGGAGGUUUUAUACAUGCAAGUCUUCGUCGAGGAGAUUGGCAUUUGGAUGGACAGCAUGGAUGCGCACAAGCAUUUCUCACGCCUAUUACCCUUUCAUGCGCUGAACGAGCCUAUGCUGCUACACGCUUUCCUCGCAUGCGGUGCGCGCCAUCUUGCCCUUGUCAAUCCCAAGUAUAGCGAAGAAAAGGCACUGCACUACUACGAUGUAGCUACACGCGAUCUGUUACACUCUUUGCAGGACCCCGACCGCGACACCUUCCUGUGUGCGACCACGGCGGUAAUAUUGAACGUAUACGAAAUUAUGGGCGAGCGUGCGCUACAACGGAUGAACCACAUUGCGGGAGCUCGUGCUUUGAUCAAGGAAUGCCGAUGGAAUGCUAGAUCGACGGGCAUUGGUGCUGCCUGUUUUUGGCUUAACGUUGGCAUGGAAAUCUUGAGUUGCUUGCACUUCAACUGGCAAGUUGCGUGGGAUCCAGACGAAUGGGGCAUCGAGAUGGACUUCACACCAGAGACAGAGUCGGGUAAGGAAGAAGUCUGGACACAUCGCAUUCUGUAUGUCGUCGCAAGGAUCUGCAACUUCCGUGCGUCAAUACCGCGGAACCAGGAAGUCGCCAGGCAAACCUUGCAGGACCGACACAACGAGUGGCUUCGGCUAAAAGACAUGACGGACAGGUGGAAUGAGAACAUACCGCGCACCAUGCACCCGAUGGCAUAUCUAUAUCCUGGACAGACGAUAUCAGGCUCAGCGUUCCCUGAAGUCUGGCUAAUCAAGAGGGCAUCGAUAAUCGCGCGGCUCUUCUACCACACAUCCCUUGUCUUACUAGCGCAGAUCAACCCACUGCAAGGCCCUAGCGAACCUGACAUGUGGGCUAUGCUUGAGCAAAACUCCAAGUUCAUCUGCGGUAUCAGUGCACAUGUCAAGGACCGUGGUGUAGCCAGUGUCGCGCUUCGAUCUCUCGCCAUUGCUGCCGAACCACUUACGGACCGACGCGAACAAGAAGAGGUGCUCCAGAUUUUCGACAAGAUCAGGCAAGAAACAGGCUGGCGUGUAGGAUUCGUCAAUACAGAGCUGAAGCAGAAGUGGGGCUGGGAUACACCGCAAAACCAAGAGCAGAAGCCACAGCAGCAACCGCCGCCUCCGCCGCCUCCACAGCAACAGCAGCAAAUGAACGGACAUAUGCAAGAAGGCAAUGUUGUAUACCAACAACAGCAACAGCAACAGCAACAGCAACAGCAACAGCAACAGCAACAACAACAACAACAACAGCCCCAAGUCGUCGUCCAGCAGCAGAUGCCGCAAGUCUCGGUAGCACCUGCUCCGAUCUCCCCUGGGAAUCACUCUUCUCCUAUCCUUUUCGUCCUCUUCAAGAUGCGUCAUGAUCUCUGGGACGAGAAAACUCCGUACUAUGGGCCGAGAAGACAUUCUUCUCCUGUAGGACAACGGAAACGUAGCCGGCGUGUGGUGCUUUUAGGGGUCGCAGUCUGCUUUCUCGUUGUCUACCAACUUCUCUUGCCCCAGCAAAACGAGACCACUGUCCAUCCACAAUGCGCCAACGAUACAUCUAGCUCCGGGUUGCCCUCUGCACAGCAAAUUUCUCAAGGCGCCGAAACACCAUUGUGCCCGGAAUCGCCAAUCGCAAACGAUGUCCUGGUAGUUCUUCGAACAGGGGCGACAGAAGCCCUUGAGAAGCUACCGGUUCACUUCGAGACAACACUUCGUUGCGUGCCAGACUAUAUCGUCUACUCAGACCUUGAAGAGGAGAUCCAAGGCCACCAGAUCCACGACGUUUUUGAAGGAAUCAGCGACGAGCUUAAAGCUUCCGCGCCAGAGUUCAAACUCUACGACCAUCUCCGCACACAUGGCAGGGAAGGUUUGAAAAACACCACGCAUCUAGGAAGUGGCCCAGGUGGUGCACUGGAUAACCCUGCAUGGAAACUUGAUCGUUUCAAGUUUCUCCCUAUGGUAGACAAGGCUCUGCUGUACCGUCCAAAUGGGAAGUGGUUUGUGUUCAUCGAAGCGGAUACUUAUAUGGUAUGGCAAAAUAUGCUCGAGUACCUGCGCCAGUUCGAUCCCGACCAGCCGUCAUACAUCGGAAAGCAUAUGUACAUUGGACAAACCUUGUUCGCUCAUGGAGGAUCUGGGUUCGUCUUGUCGUCCGCUGCUAUACGAAAAGUAACUGAACAACGAAAUGCCAACCUCGCCGAAUAUGACGAGCUCACAACCAAAAGCUGGGCGGGUGACAUGGUGCUAGCCCAGGCCUUGAAAGACGUUAAUGUAGACUUGUUUGGGGCAUUCCCACAUUUCCAAGGCGAUCCAAUUUCAUCACUCGACCACAAUGUAACGAAGCUCGACAAAAAACCCUGGUGUUACGCGCCGAUCACCUACCACCACAUGCGGCCAACCGAUAUCCAAAGCCUAUGGACCUUUGAGCAAACACGUCAGCAAGUUGGCAAGACCCCACCCCUCCACCGCGAUGUCUUCCAAGAAUACAUACUGCCCCAGCUCUAUGCCGAAGUUGAUGACUGGGACAACCUAUCUAUGGACGUAGAGGUUGACGAUACCGGCCCCUUUGAGGCAUGCGAGUUACUCUGCCAUUCCAAACCAACCUGUCUUCAAUUCUCCUACGCCGCAGGGAAAUGUUCGACGUCUACGAAAGUCGUGCUCGGUGAAAGCGCAAAGAUGCGAUGUGUGGAGUAUUCUGAUGCGGCGAGUAAAUGUAUUCGCUGGCAAGAGGGUACACAAUUUGCUGGCUCGAUUCAAUCUGGGUGGAUGAUGGAUCGGCUUGAGCAGUACAUGAUGGAAAUGGAUAGUACGUGCGCUGAUGACGAGGUGAAGUGGGUUAUUUGA